AUGCGCAUUGUUCAGCCCCUCUGCUUUCUCCUCCUCCUGUCCAUCUCCCACCUCCCUUCCUCAUCGGCUCGCCACACGGCAAAUUCUGCGACAGGAUCGUCUCCUGCGACAGGCGACGUGCUCAUUCGCAUGCAGCUGCAGACCCAGGGGAUCGGCGACGAGAGCAACGAUGAUGCGUCGCAGUCCCUUCCCUUCAAGCAGCACCAGUCGCCCGCAUUUGAGAUUCACCCCUCGCAGGCCGCAUCCCCCGUCGACGCUACUUCCUCCGCCAAAGAGGAAGACGAGAGGAGCGGAAAUCGCGAAGAGGCGAGCCUAGGUUGGGAGGAGUCCGAGCCUCUUGUUGGCCCCCCCCAGCGGAGCGCAUUUGAGAGCCUGGUCUGGGAGCAUCUCUCCGACGGCCACGUGUCAUGGGACUUGAUUGAUCCGACGGUCAUCAGGCAAUUCGCCAGGAAGAGCCACCAGCAGGUGCGCCGUGAAUCGCGGAAAAACGCUCAGCGAAUGGAUCAAGCCGGGCGGCGAUUGCUCCCAGCGGGGUCGACGGCCACAUCGGACGAUUCGACAACUUCGGCAUUGCCGGAAGAUGCGGCGUGGAAUCCAGCAACGGCUCCUCUGCACGAGCAGCGCGCUUUCCUGGAUCACAUCCUCUCGUCACCGGAAUCUCCAUUCCGCAUCUCACGGCCCCCCGUCCAACGAUUCGCCAACGCCAGCACCGGCAACAACGGCGGCAACGGCGGUCGUGUGUUGCAAGACGAUGUGGCUCCGAAGCCGCCCGUGAGCGCCGGGUAUCGCGGGCUGACGGCGCCGGGGCUGAACACGGGUCCGUCGCCCGCCGACAUCAACAUCACGGCGUAUCGCUACGACAGUUUGCCCGUGCGCGCGUGGGUGGACUGGCGCUUCUCGCGCUUCAUGACUCCCAUCGCCAGCCAAAUCAGGUGCGAGAGCUGCUGGGCGCUAACCGCAACGGACGCCGUCGCGCUGAUGUGGGGCAUCGCGACUUUCGCGCGCGACGCCGUGCCGCUCUCCGCGCAGCAGGCGUGCGACUGCGCGGCGGACCGCUGCUGCUCCGGGGGGUGGCCGGAGUGGGUGCUCGCGUACAUCGUUUACAACGGCGGAAUCGCGAGCAACGACGUGUAUCCCUACACGGCGAGCGACCAGCCGACGUGCGACGCGCAGAGCGCGGCCGUGAAGCAGGCGCAGAUCACGGGGUGGGAGCAGGUGCCGGCGUUCGACGUGCAGGCCAUGCUGCAGGCCGUCAGCCAACACCCCAUCAUCGCCUUCGUCGACGCCGCCACCAACGAUUUCCGGAUGUACCGCGGCGGGUUCUACAACGGCAACUGCAGCGCGGACGUGAAUCACGCCGUGCUGAUCGUGGGGUACGGCACGGACAAAGUGAACGGGCCGUACUGGGUAGUCAAGAACACGUGGGGGCGCGCGUGGGGCGAGAACGGCUACAUGUACCUCGCCAUGACCGCCGGAGCCGGGAAAUGCGGCAUCAACCAAAUCCCCGCAAUCUACCCGGUCUUCUUCCCCAGAGCCCCCCAAAACGCCAUGUACCCGAUCGGGCCGCUCAAGGACAACCCUAACUACGGCCCCGUGCGCGCCUCGCUCCGCAACAGCACGUGGACCCCGGACCCGUCCGCGAACCCGUGCCAGUCGCGCAUCAACCCGUGUGGCGGCGGUGCGUGCUACGUGCUGGGCGGGCUCGCGCGCUGCUUGUGUCCGCGCAAUUUCGUGGAGCGCAUCGGCGUACCGACGAGCAAGUGCGUGACGCGCGAGCCGUGCAGGAAAAGCGUGGUGAACCCGUGUGGCGCAGGCACGUGCAACAGCUUGAAGGCCGCCGGGCUGUACACGUGCUCGUGUAAUCAGGGCUAUGUCAUCGGGUCAAGGGUGGACGGCUCUCCCACAUGCGUCCCCGUCGCACCAGCAGGCGGCUCACUCACAUACACGUCGCUCCCGGGCGACACAUGCCAGUCCGUGUCCACGUCUCUCUCCAUCCCAGCCAACACCCUCCAGCGCCUCAACCCCUUCCUCGACUGCUCCGCAGAGCUCCCGGCGGCCAUGGUUCUCGCCGUCUCAAACCCCACGCAGACCACCACCAGCGGGUGCACAACAACUACCUAUGUCUCCCCGAACGACACGUGUGACAGCCUCGCCACGCGGCACUUUCAGGGCAAUCAGGAGAAGCUGAAGAAGGCGAAUCCCGGGCUCAAGUGCGAGAGCCUGUAUGUGCAGCAGCAGGUGUGCGCAGAGGCGCUGGGGACGCUCGGACAGGACGUGUCUCCACUGGUGUGCGGGCUCACGUACACAGUCACUGCGGGGGACACAUGCGACACUAUCUCGAGCACUUAUGGCCUCAACGGCACGACCUUCUACAUGCUCAACCCAGGGCUGGACUGCACGGUGGGACAGCUUCCUGUGGGGUUGGCAGUGUGUGUGGGCGAGCAGACAUCCCGGGACGCAGUGACGUGCACCAAGUGGUACCUGGUGCAGCAGGGCGACAACUGUCCCAACAUCUGGAACGCCGCCAACCUCACCAUCUCCUCUUUCAUGGCCAUCAACCCCGGCCUCAGGUGCCAGGCGCCGUACCUGCAAGUGGGUCAGCUAGUCUGCAUCGCCUCUCCAACCGCAGUCAUGGUGGACAGCCUAACGGCCAACACGAGCCUCAUCCCCUACAAGGUGCAGGCCAACGACACGCUCACUUCCAUUGCCAUGGCUUUCUUUGACCGCUGCGGGGUGACUGCGGGCGAGGCCAACAUCUGCCACAGCAACAACUUCUUCCCGUGCGACUCAACCGCGCUCGCAGCGGAUCAGAUGAUUCUCGUGCCGUGCUCUCGUAGGAUCGGGCUGAAUGAUUGCGGGUGCGGCAACCAGCAGAACUUUGUGUGCGGGUCGGACUUCGCCACUUACCCAUCGAUGUGUGAUGCGGUGUGUAACUUUGCCACGCCGGCCACGGCAGGCGCGUGCAACGGGUGCCAGAGCGCGUGUUUCCUGCGCAGUGGGCUUAUGGCGGAUACUCGGUUCCAGAGCAGGUGCAGGGUGGACCUAGACUCACUGUAUUGCCCGUUCCCGUCGUGGCCUCCGCAGCAAUGGUGGACCAUGGCCGAUUCGCCGUGCGAGUACAUGGAGACAUCGUGCAACUAUGUGUGCACGGACACUGCUAAUACGCUUGUGAAGAGCAAGGAGGUGUGCGACAAGCUGAACGUGCGAAGGGAGAAUGUAUAA